CGUCAGACAGGAACAGCUGAACUGCAACAACAAAACCUAUUGGUCUUACAACAAGAUGUCCUGUCUAUAAACAACAAUCGAAAUAAUCCCUGACAUCGCUGCUCGGUGGACUGUCGGAUCUUUCCACCACGCCCGCAAAGGUUGCGAGAAGUCGACGACGCGAAGAAAAUCAAAAUGGGGCGCAUCUUCUUGGACCACAUCGGUGGAAGGCGCCUGUUCUCCUGUGCCAACUGCGACACCAUCCUGACUAAUCGCUCCGAGCUCAUUUCCACGCGAUUCACGGGGGCCACGGGGAGAGCUUUCCUCUUCAACAAGGUGGUCAACCUGCAGUACAGCGAGGUCCAGGACCGCGUGAUGCUGACGGGCAGACACAUGGUGAGGGACGUCAGCUGCAAAAACUGCAACAGCAAGCUGGGCUGGAUCUACGAGUUCGCCACCGAGGACAGCCAGCGCUACAAGGAGGGGCGCGUCAUCCUGGAGAGGGCGCUGGUCCGCGAGAGCGAAGGCUUCGAGGAACACGUUCCCUCCGACAACUCGUGAGCCUUCACCGUCCUAUGACCACUCCCAACCAUUCUGCACCAUCUGGAGACUUGGCGCUCAGUGACGUUACGGCUACGCUUUGCUUCCUAAAAUCCUGGUAAGCACAACUUCCUUCACCCGGAACACAAAUAGGUGGAAAUGUCCUAAAAUGUCAUUGCUCUACUACAGUGGACAAUUAUUGAAUUGAAUAUGUUGAAUUGGUUUAUGUAAUAUUUAAUUGCUUGUAUUGUACUGAGCAGCCAGAUCUAUGGUUAUCGCCACACGUUUCCCCUUUGCCAUCAUUGGGAUCCUUCUGCUGCGGCAUCACAAAAAAGCCAAAGAAAUAAUAAAACACACUUGUGGCGUUUAUCCUGAGCUGAAGUCUCAUGUGGCUUUUGAGGCAUUCCCCCCCCCCCCCCCCCCCCCCCCCACAAAAAAAUAAAUUUUGGAUGGAUUCUUUUUAAUCACUCUCUGAAUGUUCUGAACUCCUGCUUCCAUGCAUGAGGCGUCUCCAAUUUUUGGCUAUACCUCUAUUUCCCACAGCUGAUGCCACAAGACGUGCGACUUGACUGUUCAUUAUUUUCUCAAAAAAAAAAAAAAAUUCUACCACUAUUGGGGGGCUUCGUAGGUAUUAUUUUUAAUCUCUCGCUGAAUGUUCUAAACAUCUGUUUCCACACCAGCAUCAUAAGAUAAACAUUUCCAAAUCUCCGAUGCCAUCGCUGACGUCAUGUGGUUCGACUUUAGAUUAGUGAAUUAGUUGAAAGUGAAUCAACAGCGCCUCUGCUGGUUGCAGUGAAGUAGUGCACUCAAGCUUUAUCUCAGUUUGCUUCAGCUAAUCAACAAUUAAUCCCACAGCUGGCUACAAUUUUGCCCUUGGCCAACAACUUUAGCACCAACGUCAUUAGCGUUAGUAUAAUUAACAUCAACAUUGUGAUCCAAACAAUACAAACACAGAGAGAACACGCUUGACGUCACCUUCGAGGAGCGAUAGCAGCGUAGGACAAAGGUAAGCAUGACUGUCAGUCUCCCGUUCACGGUGUGGUGCAGUUAAAUGCCAUUCUUGUCUCUGUUCGUCACCAUGGAGUGCGUGCAUACAUGUGACCUGUUCUUUCACGAGCCCGAGGCCUGAGUGAGUCAGGCUUUGUGUCCUGGCUAUAAUGGUAAUGGUUUAAUUUUAUUUGAACAUGCAUACAUGGACCACAUUCUUAGCCCGUCUCUUGGUUUUAAGAGCCGAGAGGAAGGAAUGGUCAUUUAGUUUUGCUGUGACAUAUAAACAAAACAUUUUUUUAAAGAUGGCUUUACUGCUUUAUACAUGACGAAGAGCACACUGGGACACUCCAUGUGUAUUUAGCCCCUUUUUGUGACUCUUCUGAAAAGAUGAAUAAAUUUUUUUUGGGGGGGGGGGGGGGGGGUGUUACCAUACAUGUUUAUGAGAAUUGGGGCUAUUUUGUGGGGUCUGCCUUGAUGGUGUCAUUUUAUAAAAAAUAAUCUGAACAGUUUGUUUAUUCCUCGUGUGUUAUCGGUUUUAAUUUGCUGUAUGAUUACUAUUAUUUUAUUGACAUAUCGUGCAUUUAAUUGACUUGAGGAAAACAUGUGUUUACUUGUGUGGCCCAAAAAAAAGAGAUCUAAUUUCUAAAUAAAGACAUCAUUUUGCUGUGA